AUGAGUUGCCCUAUAAAGAAGGCCUUAGAAGAAGACUUAAUAAAAGCAAGAUCCAACAGUGGCAUCUCCGAUGGCAACCACCGUAGUUGUCAUAACAACAGCAAGUUUCCGACUGAAGCCAGCUAUACAGUUACAACCAAGGGAAUUCAGAAAUCCUUUUCCGAAUGCACAUCUGAGUCUAAAUUCACACCAACUCCUACGAAUUCCCUGCCGUCUUCUCCCGCAAAGUCAGCCUUGCGGAAGGUCUCAUACUGCAGUGGUAGUCCAAACUUGAGCCCAGGAAGGAAGGUAUCCCCUCCACAUACGUCCCAUGUUACAUUUUAUGGGCAGUCGGAGGAUGGUUCGGGGAAAGCUGGAGAUGAUAGUCCUGAGUCUAGUAACUUUGGCUCAACAGAAUGUUCCCCGCGAAGGAGAAAGAUCAGUAAUAUCUCCACGGCGUCUUCUGUUGGUUCAGAGCUGGACAGCGAUGGCAGUGGGGAGCGGAAAGUGGAUUUAAAAUCGCUGGUGGAAGGAGUUGGGACGGUGAUUAUACCGGCG